AUGGCGGCGGCAGCGGGCGGCGGCGAGGGGCCCCGCGGCUCCUGCUUCGUGCUGGGCGCCACGGGCGAGACGGGCCGGGCGCUGGUGCGGGAGCUGCUGGCGCGGCGGCUCUUCGCCCGGGUGGCGGCCGUCGGGCGGCGGCGGCUCAGCCUCGGCGGCGGCGGCGAGAGCGAGGAGGCGGCCGCCCUGGAGCAGGUGGUGGUGGACUUUGAGCGGCUGAGCGAACACGCCGCCGCCUUCCAGGGCCACGACGUCGGCUUCUGCUGCCUGGGCACGACGCGGGCCAAGGCCGGCGCGGCCGGCUUCGUCCGUGUGGACCGGGACUACGUCGCGCAGGCAGCAGAGCUGGCGCGGGCUGGGGGGUGCAAACACUUCGUCCUGCAGUCCUCGCAGGGUGCGAACGAGCACAGCAGUUUCCUCUACCUCAGGGUGAAGGGAGAAGUGGAGAACUUGGUCCAGACUGUUGGUUUUGAUCACUGUACCAUUCUCCGGCCGGCAGUGCUGCUGUGCGCACGCCAGGAGUCCCGCCCUGCUGAGUGGAUAGCCCAAAAGUUUCUCCGUCUUGUGGCACGGGUCUGCCCCACUGCUUACUCAGUUCCCGUGGAGACAGUGGCAAGGGCAAUGGUGGCCAGCGUGCUGAAGCCGGGUGAGGGGAAGGUGGAGGUGCUAGAGAACAAGGCCAUCCAUGAGCUGGGAAAGGCAGAGCCGCAACAGGGCACAGAGUAAAAGGGAAGGGCAGGAGAGCAUGAUUCACCUUUCAGGUGCUCUUCUGGACCAAGGAUGGAUGCAGACAUGGGAUAGAAGUGGCAUGUUGCAUGGCUAAUGAGGUGCAUUUCUUUGCAUGGCAGCUAAUUCUCUUAAGUGAUCUAGAAAUGCAGGUGCUAGCUGGUGGGUGAAGAAAAUGUGCUGUGCGCUUCCUGGAUCUAGCAUGUGAAUCCAAGUAAAAAUUGGGUAAUCUAGGCAAUUUCUUCAAUCCUUAAAUAAAAUCCUGUGACUGGU